AUCUAAAUUGUAUGCAAUAUCUUUUGUUUGCUCGUGUUUAAUUGUUUUGGCAACACUUGUAGAGUGAGGUUUGGUUUGGUACGAUAAUUGACUGCUGGAAGCGCCAGACACCGGCGAACUUUAAAUGCAAUAUGGCGACAGACGUUACCACAUGCUCACAUGUUUGUUCGAACAGUGUGCUGAUAAUUUGGACGUGCAUUCGAAACAUUUUUUUUAUAAAACUAUAUUAAUGAUUCAUUUAUAAAGUCAUGGAGUAAUAAAUUUGGUUAUUUAUUCGUUGACUUGUAAUGGUUUGGUUGGAAGAUAAUUUCGUUGAAGAGACAAAUCUCGCAAUUUUGAUCACGAAGAACAUAACCUGCAAUAUUCAUAAUAAUUUUUUGUUUUGUACUCUUGAAGUGGAACUUGACGAGAAUUAAUAAUGUAUACUCGGGUCAGUCGCACUUUUUUAAUUGUCGGUCGACAAUGGACGAAACAAAUGUGUCAGAAUACGAAAAGCAGUGUUUCCGACAUAAUCUUUUGCUCUCCGAAUAUCAACUCGAGUAGCGCGGUGACAAAUGUGUUUACAAGACGUGAUUUUUGUGACAACAAAUCGACAGGAACAGAAUUUGAUGUGCCGACAUUGAUGAUGCCGGACGAAGAAGCAGAAAAAUGGUUAGAAGAAUUUCUCAAGGUGCCGGAAAAUGAACGUAUACGAAAAAUCGUUGAACUUGAAAUUGAAGUCUUGCGACAAAGUGGCGAAAAAGUUCCAGAUACGUUGAAACCGAGACACUGGUGCGAGAUGCUAAAACUUCAAAAUCGCCAUAGGAGAAAAAAAUACUUGGCAUUCACAUUUGGGCUUGAAAAAAAGAAAGAGAACGAGAGGAAAGCAAAAAUUUUAAAGCAACAAAUGAGAGAAGAGAACGGUCGGCCAGACCAUGAUUACAUAUUGGGUAGCAAUUCAAUGUUUCUGCGGUUUUAUGAAUCCUCCAUGAAUCGCUUGUGGCACAGCCGAGUAAUAAGUUCAAUGAUACAUGGACAGCCACUUGUAUUAGACUGCAGUUAUGACAGUUACAUGACAAGUAGAGAAAUGCGUUAUUGCGCCAAGCAACUGAAACUUUGUAUGGCUGAGAAUCGAAUCCACCAGGAUCCAUUCAAUAUCUAUUUGUGUAAUGUGGACAUGACUAGUGAAACGACAAAAGCUCUGCAUCGAUUUAUUCCUCCCCUCUUUGAUGAAGACUAUCCUCUCAAUAUCACACCUCAAUCUUAUCUCGAUAUAUUUGACAAAGAUCGCUUGGUGUAUCUCACGCCGCACUGUCGUGAAGAAUUAAUCGACUAUGACCAUGAGGCGGUUUAUAUCAUUGGUGCUUUCAUUGAUAAGUCUUCGAACGAGCCGGUGUCAUUAGCCAAAGCUAAGAAAUUGGGCAUAAAAACGCUGAAAUUGCCUCUGGACAAAUAUUUGCAAUGGGGGGCAAAUACAGGAAAAAAUUUGACAUUAAACGCGGUUACCAAUAUUCUUCUCGACAUUAAGUUUACGGGAAAUUGGGAGAAAGCUCUGAAUCAUGUGCCGCGAAGAAAACUGGCUGGGCACUACCAAGCAUUAGAAGAGCGAAAGUUGAAAAAACGUAUAGGCUUGUUAGAUUCAUCUGCCGAUCAAGAUGCGGACAAGGAUUUUGACAAGGUAGCGGCGGUUAAUCUCAACGAUAGUAUCCCAUUGCAAUUACCCAAAAUAAAAAUCCCACCAAGUUACAACAACAAUCCAGCGCGUUUCAAUAAGACGCGUCCCAAACUUUAUUCUUCUCACAAAAAAGAUUCCGUGUCCUCCGAAAAAUACGACGAUAGUGCGGACUUUAGUAUGGAGGCUCGCGCAAAAUUGAAGAAGAAAAACUGGAAAAAUUGAAAAACCAAUGUAUCUUUAGGUACGACAAAAUUUAUUAAUAAAAUUGUAACAUAUAA